AUGUUUAAGAAAAUCAUCAAGGGAAACAAGAAGCCCUCGAAAUCCGAGACACAUGAUCCUUCUUCGUACGGGUACGGGCAGCCCGAGACCCGCAAUUCUGGGGCUGUCUCGGCGAAUGUGGUCGUAAACCAUGCCUCCCGCUCUGGGCCGGCUGCUUCCGGCACCAACGCAGUUGGCGCCGCAGGGAUUACGGCGUUACCGCCUUCUGGAACCAUCGAGCCUCUCCCUUCGUUCCGUGAUGUGCCCGUCUCGGACCGGCAGACCCUGUUCCUUCGCAAAUUGCAGAGUGACUACACUACUUCCAUACUUAUAGAUGGACCGUGCCAUCAAUCCGGUCUGCAAGAUGCAGUUUCUUUCCUCGUGGAUGCUGAAAGAACGGAGACUGGGCCUUGUGUUGUUUCUUUCAAUAUCAUCAUGUCUUGGUCCUGUAAAUUGGGUUUUGUGGAUGUUGCAAAGUCCUUUUUUUGUAUGAUGUUCAAGUAUGGACUUGUUCCUGAUUCGUACAGUUAUAAUAUUCUGAUUCAUGGGCUAUGUGUAGCAGGUUCAUUGGAACAAGCAUUGGAGUUCACCAAAGACAUGGAGAGGCAUGGGGUACAGCCUGACACGCUAACUUACAACAUUCUCUGUAAGGGGUUUCAUCUACUUGGUUUGAUGAGUGGAACUCGCAAGGUCAUUCAGCAAAUGUUGGUUAAAGGGUUGAAUCCGGAUCAUGUUACAUAUACAAUUAUGAUAUGUGGCCACUGCCAUGUUGGCAACAUUGACGAAGCCCUUAAGUUGCGGAAAGAGAUGAUUUCAAGAGAUUUUCAGUUGAGUGUCAUUGUUUACAGUGUACUACUCAGCGGUAUGUGUAAAAGUGGACGGGUAGAAGAAACAUUGGGAUUGUUAUAUUCAAUCCUCAUUCAGGGUCUAUGCAAGCAACGAGAUGUACAAAAGGCUAGCGAAAUAUAUAGAGGAAUGUACAGGAAGAGAAUCAUUCCCAAUUACUCUGCAAACCGUGGUAUUCUGUUACGUCUGCGUGAGAAAGGGGAUAUUUAUGAGGCAAGGAAGUAUUUUGAUCAUCUGACGACAAGGAAGUAUAAUAUUAUGAUGGAUGGGUAUGUAAAACUAGGUAGUGUUGCCGAAGCCAUAAAAUUAUAUAAACAAAUAAUUGAGAAGGGAAUAAAUCCUAGUACUGUCACUUUCAAUACUCUUAUUCAUGGUUUCUGCAAAAUUGGGAAGCUAGUUGAGGCUCGAAGGAUGUUGGAUACCAUUGAGCUGCAUGGAUUGCUACCAAGUCCAGUUACUUAUAAUACUCUUAUGAAUGCUAACUGUGAACAUGACCGCGGCAUGCUUGAAUUACUUCAAGACAUGGAAGCAAAAGCUGUAGAACCAACUCAUGUAUCUUACACGGUAGUUAUUAAAGGACUUUGCAAACAGGGGAAGCUGUGGGAUGCUGUUCACUUAGUUGAGAAAAUGUAUGCUAAGGGCCUAACCCCGGAUCAAAUCACAUAUAAUGCUAUCAUCAAAUGUUUCUGCAAAGCUCAAGACUUCGAGAAAGCUUUUCAGUUACACAACGAGAUGCUGAUACAUGAUCUUGAACCUACUCCUGUUACAUAUAAUCUCUGUGUAUAUGGUGACCUAGAGGAUGCUGACAGGCUAAAAGCUGAGAUAAUUAAAGCAAAACAAAAAGCUGAAAACCGAAAAGAGAACAACACUAUUCCAUGGUAG